UUUAUGCCAGUGGGAAAUGCACAAGCAACUGUUUAGUUUCAUUUCUACAAUGUUCAACUACAGACUCGUAUUUAUUGCGCCUCUGAUUUUGUUAUUGUUCAGCUUGGCCAAGGCACGCCACCCCUUUGAUAUAUUUCAUUGGAAUUGGAAAGACUUUCAGGAGUGUCUACAAGUUAAUAAUAUUACCAUAGGGGAAUACGAGAAAUACGCGCGACUCGAGACUUUGGAUUACCUGCUGAAUGAAAAAGUCGACUUGAGGUACAAGUGCAAUAUUAAGUGUCAGCUGGAAAGGGAUUCAACGAAAUGGUUGAAUGCACAAGGCAGAAUGGAUCUGGAUCUGAUGAACACCACCGAUAAGGCAUCCAAAUCCAUUACCAAGUGCAUGGAGAAGGCUCCCGAAGAACCGUGUGCCUACAGUUUUAGACUGGUGAUGUGUGCAUUUAAGGCCGGCCAUCCCGUAAUUGAUUCGGAAUAAUUGUCGAUUAUUUAAAUAUAUGGAAACAAAUUACUAAAAUUUUCACACCUAACUUACAAAUAUGUGACUAUUUAAAACUAGUGACUUGUAGAGUUUAUAGAUCAACAAAAGUAAAAUUGCAAUCUAGCAAAACGUGUUUACCUAACACCAGUCAGAUAGGCGUUUAGUAGAGCUCUGUUUAACUUAUUUGAAACGAGUAAUUAAUUUUAAGUGAAACAAAAAGUUGUCGCAUAAUUCAAAUGAUUUUAAAUUAUGGGUACAUAAAACCGAGGGAAAAUAUUGACGCUUAGCUUAUUGCCCUACCAAUUAUUGAUUUAUAAUCUCAUGAAAUUAAAGUUACACAGGCACUAUUCUGAAUAAGAGGUCUUUCAACUCAAUGGCAAUUGUUUUAAAUAAGUGGAAAAUUCAAAUAAAACUGUUCAGUCUGAAGUUAACAAUGUUCAUCACUAGACUUGCCACGUUUUUGCUUCUUAUCGUUGUUUCGCUUAGCCA